AUGGCUCAGUUUUUACAAAUUAUACUAUUUGUAUUAAAGAAUGUUGUAAUUAUUCUUAUAUGGUUAUCAGUUAUAGAAAAUAUUACACCACAAAGAAAGUUAAAUUUUUUCUAUAAAAUUAAUGGAUUGUUUGUAAUUAAUUUUGGAGUUUUAGUACAUCAUUGUAACAACAAUAACAGUUACAAUCCAAGUCAAAAUGAUUCAACCCUUUAUUUAAUAUUACUUUUUAUAUUUCAACUAAUAGAUCUUCAUAACAAUAUUUAUUUCAUUAAAAAUUAUAUCAAAUUGAAUAAUCGAAUUUACUUUGGAAUAUUUGCAUUUGUAAUAAUUUUAUUGCUUGAGAUUGUUUUGAUGAGAAUUUUAAGAAAAAAAAUAUUUAAAAUUAUAGUAAUGAAAAUUUUAAAAAUGACUAACGAUUCUAAAACACUCCAUUUAUUUUUAAUUGUAUCAAGACUUAAUCUUUUAAGGAAUAUUUUUAUUAUUUUUGGGAGUUUAAAAAUAACAAGAAUUUUUUACUUAUUUUAUAGAAAAAUAUUUGAAGUAAAGAAAAUAGAAAAUGAUAUUAAUAUUGUUUUAUCUGAGACAAGUGUAGAUCAUUUAACUAUCGUACCCCUACUUUUACUAUUAAAGUACAUAAAUGUAAAAUUAACAGAUCAAAAUUUCAUUAAAAAAAGAGUUAUUUUACUAUUUAUAUUAAUAUUAGGAGUAGUAAUUGAGAUAUUGGGAAUUAUAGAUUCAAGAUUUAUUGUAAAAAUAAAAUGGGAAACAAUUUAUAAGUAUGUUAUCAUUUCAGAAGAUUGUUAUCAUUUGUGUCUCAUUAUUUACUAUCUAGUUGGAAUUUAUUACACAAUUAUAAGUAUAAUUUACUUUGAUAAAAAAUUGGCAAAUCAUGUCAGAAAAAGUCAAAAUAAAGAUAGAUUGACAAUUUGUUAA